AUGAAACCUAAUUUCUUUUAUAGUAUUUUAUCAAAAAUAUUAUCAAUACCUAAAUUUAAUGGAAAAGAAUUUGUAAGAAUUUUAUCAAGUUCAAAAUUUUUAAAAAAAGAUUCAUUGAAAUGGACUGAAGAAAGAAUUCCUUUUGUUUUUCAGAUUGUUAUUAUAUAUAUAAUUACAAUUUUUAUUUUACAAAAAGUAAUGAAAAAUUAUGAAGCAUUCAAACUAAAAAUUCCAUUAGCAAUUUGGAAUUUAUUUCUUAGUAUAUAUUCUACUAUAAGUGUUUACUACUUGUUUAAUGACUUUUUUGAAUAUAUUUUAAAAUAUAAUAUUACUGGAUCGUGGUGCAUUUUAGGAGAUUAUGAUGAAGGAAUAACAGGUUAUUAUGUAUGGUUAUUUACAGUUUCUAAACUUUUUGAACUUUUUGAUACACUUUUUGUUGUACUUAAAAAAAAACCAUUGCGUUUUAUACAUUGGUAUCAUCAUAUUCUUACAUUGAUAUUCAUUUUUUUUACAUAUAUUCAAAUUCCUGCUUUUGCUAGAUGGGGUGUAUUUUUGAAUACAUUUGUCCAUUCAAUAAUGUAUUUCUACUACUUUGUUAAAUCUCUCAAUAUCAAAGUACCUAAAUUUAUUCCUAUUAUAAUUACAUCUUUACAAAUUAUUCAAUUUAUAAUGAGCUGUUGUGGAAUAAUAAACAUCACCUAUAAACGUCUUUUUACACAAGAUUUUUGUCAUACUAGUACAUUUAUUUUGUCUUUUGCUGCGGUAAUGGAUUUUUCUUAUCUAUUUUUAUUUAUUAAUUUUUUUAUUCAUAAUUAUCUUAUAAAGUAUAAUAUUUCAAAAGUUUCAAAGAAAUUGAAACAAAAUUAA